AUGGUCGCAGUCAAACGCAAAGUUCUCGAUGUCAUAGCCGACCCAGCUCCUGCCUCUUCAUCCAACUCGCUGCACUCUAACUCACUCGAUCGACGGACAAAAGCGAUCCGAAGUUGCAGUAACUGGAAUAGUGCUUUGCUCCACGGUAGACGGACUAGGGGACCUCAAUGGGAUUAUGCAACGGCUUCCUAUCAUGUCUCAAAAGGAUCUACGGAAUACUACAAAGGUGUCACUCGGAUUGAGUCGGUGAAUCGAACCCAACUGCCACCUCGAAUCCUUCCUCGGCCCCGAAUCACUACGCUCUCAAUCAUCUCUCAAUUCCCGCCCGGCUUCCAAUCUCGAGCCACCUUGAACAUCCAAGUCUCUGGGCAUCCCCAUCAGCACCCCCAUACGUUCCAACAGGAUCCAGAACAAUUCCAAAAUCGACUCAUCAGACAUUCCUCCCAACACUCUCAAGGCUCAAGUCAUGGCCGUCCCAUGGGAAAUCCAGCCCAACCCACCCCCUACUCCAUCCACCCUGCUCACCUUCAACUGGCCGGAAUGCCCCAACAAGCUUUUAAUAACCUUCCCAACCCAUCCGAUCCGAAAUCAGCCAUGUUCACCACCCCAGGGGCUAAUUACAAAGGCCACCCUAUCCCACAAAAUACUGGAAAAUACGAAAGAGGACCCGGUUGA